AUGCGCUCUUCCGCCAAGUGGUUCGAAAAUGCAGCGUGUUAUCGAGAAACUGGCAGUCCAUGCCACAGCACUGCAUCUUCAAUGUUUUGCUUCGGUGCCUCGUUGCCUUACGAAAGAUUUCAUUCCUUUGUCACGAAGGACAUAGAUCUUCUGCCGAGUUUGGUGGACGCCUACCGGAACCUUGCCGGUCUGCCUGAAUGUUGGCCGGUCAUUCGCGAGCUGCUAUGCACUGUCUACCUGUCGCCUUGUGAGCAGGGCCGCGUGAAAUUGGUGUCGCGACGGCUGUGUCUUCAAGCGGAAAGAAGCUGCAGAUUCUUGAUCAAACAUAGUCUGUGGCCGUCAGAGCUUAGUAACUGUUCCGAUUCAAGCAUAUAUUCGGACGUAUGCACGGUUUAUGAAGUUUCAUGGAAAUUCUUCUCUAAUAGCACAAAAUCUUCGUGCGUUAACCCUUUAGUGAUGACCAAAGUGAAGCAGAAUUGGUAUUUACCUUACUGUGGCUUUAACUGUACGAACUCGUGGCUUAAAUCAGAUGAACACAUUCAUCUGACUCGAUUCAUGAUCGUCGUCAUUCCGAUGAUAUUUGUAUUCUCGAUCAUCUCACUGGCAAUUCUUUUCACCGGCGGCCACCAUAACAACGCGGUCAUCAAGCCGCUGUUGUGGAAUAUUGUCUGUCAGCUAGAUGUUGAAGUGUGUUGGCUAGUUCCGUUGUUUCCAUCCGCCAGAAAGCUGAUCGUGUGCAAUGAGGAUGUGUUAUUCUACCUGCAGUACCUUUACUGCACUCGCAGUGAAGCUUUGGCAAAAAAGCUGUGCAGCCGCAUGAACUCGUAUUCGCAUCUGGUCGCCUGGGUCGAGGCAGACGGGAUAUCUGGUGUUUGUUUUAUGGGUUACACGAACCCGGUGUUUUUACUUUGGUUUGUUCACGUACCGUUGUCGCUGAUUCUACUGUUAUGCUUCUGCUUGCUGUUUGGCGGAUUGAUCACGCGGCACCGCAGUUUGCUGAAGUUCAAUCGCCGGCUAAAUGGCGACGGACCGCAGUACAAGUUUUCAUUUCCGUUGUCUAAACUUUGGAUUUUGCUGGUUUCACACAGUGCAUUGCUGGUCGCUUCGUGGUUUUUGCAACUGAACGACGUAUUCUCGCUGCCGACUCGCCAACACGCGUUCCUCGACUAUAUACUCUGCCAGUUGCGCAACAACCUGGCUGACGAGACGUGCGAUUUGCACGGCGCACCCGACAUACGACUUUUGCAGCUGCAUAUGUUUCUUCUGUUCGUGCCAGCACUGAUCAACUUUUGGGUGUGCGUAAACGAAUUUGUUUCGUUUCGGAACCAACUUGCCAGGUACCUGUUGUUCUGCUCUUCUUGA